UGAGAAAAAUAAGGAGAAAUGGAGGGAGAGGAUCGGAAUCCACAAAUAUAGGAAGGAAACAGUAAAUUGAUUUCCAUGGGUGAAGGCGGGGUCACAUCACGUGCACUACCUCUGCCUCUGCCGGCCAAAACCUCCGCUUCUUCUUCUUCUUCUCAUUUCCCGUCACUCACACUCUCUCGCCGGUUAUUGAUCUUUCUUAACUCCUUCCAUUUCCACCGCAUCAUUUGCAGCAACUUCCUCUCUUGAUCGCCAUUACCCACUUCGUAUUUACUAUCAUUUUUCUCUGGCUUCUGAUGUUUUUCGUACUCUAAAAGAUUUCCCCUCUGCGUCGUAUAUCGCAACAGCCAUGUCAGAGGAAGCUCUAAAGGCCCUUAACUCAAUGCCCGGACUCGAAGGGAACAACGAAAGCUCUUGUAAAGAGGAUCUUAGUAAACAAGGAAUAGGUAUAAAGACUGCCAAUGGGAACAUUGAAGAGCUGAAAAGUAAAAGCUCUGCUUCUAUCAGGCCUCUAGUAAAUGGUGAAAGUAGCAACCCUGUUGCCGAGGUUGGUAGUUCGGAAGUAGAAUAUAUCGAAUCUGAGAAUUUGACCGAUAUAGAAGAUGUUUCGUCAAGCCUUCAGACACUCUUAGCUGGAUUAGGCUCAAAAGAUUGGGUUUCGGUUUGUGAAGCAUUGAAUAAUACAAGAAGACUAGCAAUAUAUCACAGGGAAGACAUGCUCGAUAUGCUGGGAGACGUGAUCUCACUUUUGGUGAAAUCAAUGAAAAAUCCUAGAAGUGCUGUGUGCAAAACUUCCCUUAUGACAUCUGCAGACAUUUUCAUUGCUUAUAAUGACGAAGUGAUUGAAUCAUUAGAUCCCAUGUUGUUGCAGCUUCUUCUGAAGGCUUCUCAAGACAAACGUUUUGUGUGCGAAGCUGCCGAGAAAGCUCUGGUAGCAAUGACUUCUUCGUUUUCCCCUGCAUUGUUGUUACCAAAGUUGGAACCAUAUCUUAAGAAUAGAAACCCGAGAAUUCGAGCCAAGGCUUCAAUGUGCUUUUGUCGAAGUGUUCCACGACUGGGUGUUGAAGGGAUAAAAGCACAUGGAAUCGACAAAUUGAUUCAAACAGCAGCAUCCCAGCUCAGUGACCAGCUUCCCGAGUCUAGGGAGGCAGCUCGAAUCCUCCUCGUGGAGCUGCAAUCUGUGUACGAGAAGUUCACCGACCUCCCAACAACAACGCCUGAAGAUCCAGAGAAAGGCUCUUGGGAAGACUUUUGUCAAUCAAAGCUCUCCCCUUUAAGUGCACAAGCUGUCCUUCGCAUCAAGAACGUCUCUCGGGAAGGUAUUGUCUCGAGUUCUUGAAGCUUAGUAAUGAUGAAAAUAUCGAAACUUCAAUAUGAUGUACCCCCCCCCCAUUGUUCUUGAACCUCUAGCCAUGUGAGGAGCUUUAGCGCGGCUAGGGUAUAUCCAUGAUAGCUAUUAUUCUUUCCCUUUCUUUUGGUUUGCUUUGUAAAUUCUUUGAAAACUUUUGAGGUACUGCAAAUACGGUUGAAGUGUGUAGUUUUUGCUAUUUCUGCGUAUAGCUUAUAGUGACUGCAAUAUUCUUUGAGAUCCACUUGAAACUAUGAUAUUGAGGGUGUGAAUAUUAUAAAUACAAAAAUUGGAGGUUUAGGGAACAA